AUGUUGCCUGAUCAGAUAUUCAAAAGAUUUGCUGCUUCUAAUGGACCCUCCUUUUUCUUCACUUCUAAACGUGCUAUACAACCCAAACUCGUUAAUUAUAAGAUCCAAAACACAUUUCUAGCUGAAAAUUUUAAAGAAAAUAACAACGUUGGCAUAGUUGGUAUCGAUAAAUAUACUGUAAUUGAAUCAAAUAUCGACAUGUAUAGUAUAAUUUGCAAUUUUAACCAUCCAUAUACCCACCACUCUAUACUCAAUGCCUUAUCGAAAUACAAUACAAAAUUUCAAUUUACAAAGUAUCAAGCAAUGAAUCCACUCUUUAAUUCGAUUUCCUUGGAAAUAAAAUCUCUAAGUGGUUAUCAGGGAGAUGUCUUUCAUUUCAACAAAAAAGUGGACACCAUUUUAAGAUCCCGUUUAAAUUACUUUGGCAAAGAUUUCGAACUAGAUACUGGGAGAAUGAACCUAGUCUUUUCUGAGAAUCUGGAAGCCAAAAAUGCCUUGAGGUUUCUUUAUAAAAUCAGCUCAUCUCCAGAAAUUUCUUCUAAAUUAACAAUUGACGCUGAUUUCGAUUCUUAUAAAAAUGAAUCAAACAGUCUCUUGUUUGAGAAUAAUUCAAAUCUAGAUAAACUGCAGAUUUUCAACCUAUUGUCUUUGUAUGCCAUCAUUUACGAUAUUAUUUUGGAUUCCGAUUCAAAUCAGUUUAGAAUUUAUUACAAUUCUCCUUUCGAAACUGUACAUGCCUAUUAUAAAAUAAAAACAUAUUCCGAAUUAAACAAUCAGAUUAAUUUGCUUUCUUCCUUUCCUGAUAUUGAUGAAGCAAUGGAAAGUUUUAAAUUAAAAAAACAAAAUCAAGUAAAUAUUCAUCAAAAUAAAAGUAAAAGUAAAAGUAAAAGCAAUGAAGAAAAAGAUAAAAAUAUAGUAAAUAUAGAGAAGGAAUCUAAAGAUGAAAUAAAAGAUGAAGUAGAGGAUAAAGAAGAUAAAGAAGAUAAAGAACUAAAAGAUCAAGUAGAAGAUAAAAAUAAAGAAGAUGAAAGCAAAUAA